GUCCUCUCCGCUGUCCCCUGUCCCCACACCUUCCUAGCCCAGUGCCUGGAGUGGGGGAGGGUGCAAGGGGCAGCUGGCGUUUCUUUGGAGUCUGGCAGGCAAGCCCUGCCCCGCUUCCUCCUGCCUGAAUCCCGCUGCCCUCUGGGUACAAACUUGCUUCCUCGGCCUGGCCCGAGGGUCCUCACUCAUAGCACCUUCUUGUCACCACAGGAGCUCUGGGCUUGGUCCUGGGACACCCCUUUGACACUGUAAAGGUGAGUCUAGGGGAGGCACCCGAGGAAUGAAAGACGUCACCUGAACCAGACAUCAGGGAGAGAGCAGGGCCUGGCUGACGGAGGCUCUCUCCCGCUUCUCCUGCCCUGCUGGCAUCCCGCUCAGAGGGACCGAGGGAUGAGCUGAGCAGGAUGCCCAGCCUGCCCACCUGCUCUGUCCUCCCUGUCCGGGUGCGGCUGCAGACCCAGACCACAUACCGGGGCAUCGUUGAUUGUAUGGCCAAGACUUACCGCCACGAGUAAGCCUGCUGCUUGGCCCCUUUUGGCCUCAUCAAAGUCCGGCUACAAAACCAGACAGAGCCCAAGGGGAAGUCAGGGAGCCCCCCACCCCAGUACCGGGGGCCCGUGCACUGCGUGGCCUCCAUCUUCCAGGCCGAGGGGCCCCGGGGGCUGUUCCCGGGAGCCUGGGCCCUGACGCUGCGGGACAACCCCAUCCUAGGAAUCUGUUUCGUCACCUAUGAAUGUCUGUGUCGCCAAUUCACGCUGGAUGGCCAGAACCCCAGCUCGGGCACAGUGCUGGUGGCAGGGGGCUCUGCCGGUGUCACCUCCUGGGUCACAGCUACCCCCUUAGACGUGAUCAAGCCCCGGAUGCAGAUGGUGGGGCUGAGGCAGAGGGUGCACUGGGGGCUGCUGGACUGCAUGGUGAGCAGCGCCCAGAGGGAAGGGCUGGGGGUCUUCUUCCGGGGGCUCGGCAUCAACAGUGCCCGUGCCUUUCCUGUCAACGCCGCCACCUUCCUCAGCUACGAGUACCUCCUCCACUCCCGGGGAUGAGCCUGGCUGGGUGACGAGCUCCCCAGUGAGACCACCGCCCACCUGCCCAGAUUGGAGGCCAAGUUGAAAGCACCAGCUAGUGAUUCUGAUGCGAGAGGCUAAGCCCCUCUUUAUCAAGGCACCUCCAGCACGCAGAGGGGCUGGGGAGACGCCUCGGGGAGCAGGAGGCCUGGGGACCUGGACUCCACCCAGAUUCCAAGGCUGGCGUGGGCCUCCCAGCAGCACGUGCCUUGAUUCCUUUGCUUCCUGAGUCUGCGAAGUAAACUCACAGCCAGUGGCGCUGGUGACAUUCCAGCCCACACACUCGCAGAACUUCUGCUUGGCUGCCUGGUGCUGACCGCCUAGCUCCCCGGGUUCCAGUGACACAUCCUCACCUGCCUCUCCCUUCACUGCCUUUCCAGCCUCUCCCCGCAUGACUUGAGGAUAGCCCGGUCUCCUCUAGUCCAGAAUCCUUCAGUGGCUCCGUCACCCUCAGGAAAAAGCCCAAACUCCCCCUCCUCCUGGCCUCUGCUUCCCCCCAGCUUGCUUCUCCCUCUGUUCUCAGGCAGCCAAGUCCUGCUUGAGGUCCCUGAACAAGCUGUGCCCUCGCCUCCCACCCAGAAGGUCCGUUCCCUCUGGGCCAGCAGUGGGCAGUGCCUGCAGAGUGACUCCCCCAUCCCUGGGGCUGAGCGGCUCCAACCCAGGCUGAGCACUGUCUCCUGGAGCCCUUCCUCUGCUCGCCUCCUCCUGCCCAGAGCUGACUCUGGGGUUUGCAGACCUCUCUGCUCGCCCCCAUGCCUUGAUCAUAGCCUUCGCCUGUGCUUUAUUAUGGUUGUGGGUUUACUUCUCAGCUCCCAAUUAGACUGGGUGCUCCCUGAGGUCAGGGGUCAUACUUCUGAUCGUUUCCCAGCACGGAGCCCAAUGCUUGAAGCAGCCCAGCAAGUGCUUGUUAAAUGAAGUGCACUCCCGACCUCUGGCCCCGAAUCCAAUCACCACACCCCUGUCUCCAUUGAGAGGUUUCCCUGUCCGGGCCCCUCUCGGGGUCUCCAGUGCAGUAGUGUCUGCCUUGCCCAUCAAUGGCACUUGUUUUCUUUACCCGUCUUAACUGCUAAAUGGGAAUUAAAAACUGGCUGAAAUUGUUCACUUAAUUGGCAAUAAAGUGAGCAGAGUUUGUACCCA